CCCGCCCUUCUGGGCGCUUCUUCCGGGUGGGGCCCCGGGCCGAGGCGAUGGCCCCCUGGGCGCUCCUGAGCCCUGGGGUCCUGGUGCGGACCGGGCACACCGUGCUGACCUGGGGGAUCACGCUGGUGCUCUUCCUGCACGAUACCGAUAAAGUUCAGAUGAACUGCUGGCCACACACAACCACUCAUGGAACCAACAUCUCCAGGUCUUUGCUGGGCCAGGAACACACUUCCCCACCUCCAACUGCAACCCAGUCCCACCCACUCCUGUUCUACCCGGCCCAGCCUCACUGUGCUCUCCCGGCCUCUCCAGAGCUGCGGCAAUGGGAGGAACAGGGCGAGCUGCUCCUGCCCCUCACCUUCCUGCUCCUGGUGCUGGGCUCCCUGCUGCUCUACCUCGCUGUGUCACUCAUGGACCCCGGCUACGUGAAUGCGCAGCCCCAGCCUCAGGAGGAGCUCAAAGAGGAGCAGACAGCCAUGGUUCCUCCAGCCAUCCCUCUUCGGCGCUGCAGAUACUGCCUGGUGCUGCAGCCCCUGAGGGCUCGGCACUGCCGUGAGUGCCGCCGUUGCGUCCGCCGCUACGACCACCACUGCCCCUGGAUGGAGAACUGUGUAGGGGAGCGCAACCACCCACUCUUUGUGGUCUACCUGGCACUGCAGCUGGUGGUGCUUCUCUGGGGCCUGUACCUGGCAUGGUCAGGCCUCCAGUUCUUCCAGCCCUGGGGACUGUGGCUUCGAUCCAGCGGGCUCCUGUUCGCCACCUUCCUGCUGCUGUCCCUCCUCUCGUUGGUGGCCAGCCUGCUCCUCGCCUCACACCUCUACCUGGUGGCCAGCAACACCACCACCUGGGAAUUCAUCUCCUCACACCGCAUCGCCUAUCUCCGCCAGCGCCCCGGCAACCCCUUCGACCGAGGCCUGACCCGCAACCUGGCCCACUUCUUCUGUGGAUGGCCCUCGGGGUCCUGGGAGACCCUCUGGGCUGAGGAGGAGGAGGAGGGCAGCAGCCCAGCUGUUUAGGGUUGCUAGAGGCUGGGCUACUACCUUGUGCCUGAAAACCAGGGGACCUGUCCCCAGCUAGGGUCAGCCCUCGGAGGGUCUGGGGCCGCUCACUCCUGCCCACUCCUCCCAGGCCCCAGAACUGAACUUCAAAACAGACAGAUCCCUGCCUCGGUGGGCAGUUCUGCCUUCCAAGGAAGAAAGGGAAAAAAGGACCUGUGGGCAGCUCAGGCCCAAGCAGACCCCGGGCUCCACCCCAGCCCCACCCAGGCGACUGCGAGUGCACACUUUUACAAAUUUAAUAGUCUAUAAAGCAAGUCUAGUCUUAAAAAGA